AAUGACAGCGCACGGCCUUUAAUUCAAUUAGUGUUCCAUAGACUCUUUAUCGAUUAGCAAUAAAAAAAAAAUUAUGUCAACUGUCAUCUUUACCGCGUGAAUUAAAAAAAAAAUUGUUGUUCGGAAUUAAAAAUUCGAAUGUGUUUUUUUAAUUUGAAUUUUUAGAGUAAAAAGUGUUGGUUUUGUUUAAUUUUUAAUUGUAAUGGAUUAUUAUUUUAUUUAUAGUGUUGUGUGAGAGGAGUGUCGAUAAAAUGUAUGGUGAUGUAUUUAUUUGAUCCCGUUCGCAGCUUAUCGGAUUCUUAUAAGCCUGCCGCAAAGAAGCGCGGCCGCACUCCAUCAACGCCGCCAUCAUGAAAGAGAAAAGCAAGAACGCGGCCCGAUCUCGUCGGGAGAAAGAGAACGCAGAGUUCCUGGAACUGGCGAAGCUCCUCCCUCUACCCUCAGCGAUCACUUCUCAACUGGACAAGGCAUCCGUGAUACGACUCACCACUAGCUACUUAAAGAUGCGACAGGUCUUCCCUGAUGGUCUAGGAGACGCGUGGGGUGCAGCACCACCACCCCCACAGCCGCGAGAACUAUCCAUACGGGAACUUGGAUCCCAUCUCCUGCAGACCCUUGAUGGGUUCAUCUUCGUGGUCGCACCAGAUGGCAAGAUUAUGUAUAUUAGUGAAACAGCAUCUGUUCAUUUGGGUUUGAGUCAGGUGGAGUUAACAGGCAACUCCAUAUACGAGUACAUCCACCAAGCAGACCAUGAAGAGAUGAACGCAGUCCUCAGCUUACAGCAUCCACAUUCUUAUUUAGGGCACCAAUGUCCUACUAUUGGAUACCCAGUAGGUGGUACAUGGAGUGCUAGCGUGGACAUAGAAUGCGAAAGAGCAUUUUUCAUUCGUAUGAAGUGUGUGUUGGCGAAACGGAACGCCGGUCUCACUACCUCGGGGUACAAGGUGAUCCACUGUUCCGGUUACUUACGAGCCCGUCGUUUCGGCGAAGGCUCUGCCCCACUUGGUCUGGUGGCUGUCGGACACUCACUCCCGCCCUCCGCCGUCACAGAACUGAAGCUCCACUCCAACAUGUUCAUGUUCCGGGCUAGCCUUGACAUGCGACUCAUAUUCUUGGACGCCAGAGUAGCGUCACUAACAGGUUAUGAACCACAGGAUCUGAUAGAGAAGACGUUAUAUCACUACAUACACGGCACCGAUGUCCUGCAUAUGAGAUAUUCGCAUUGCACAUUGUUAACAAAGGGCCAAGUGACCUCCCGGUACUACCGGUUCCUCACGAAAUCUGGAGGUUGGGUUUGGAUGCAGAGCUAUGCUACUAUCGUACACAACUCCAGGUCUUCUCGACCACACUGUAUCGUUUCUGUUAAUUAUGUUCUCAGUGACAUAGAAGAAAAGAACCUCAUCCUCAACAUAGAGCAAGGCCCACCGAAAAACAACGAACCGCACAGACAAACAGACAAACUCAACGAGGACUUCAGCCCAGACUCUAGUUACACUUACCCAGAAUAUAAUUUGCCCAUACUACCAACUUACGACACUACAGAAGAAUACCAAAAUGGUUACCAGGAAAUCUUCUAUGAAAACUACACAGAACCCGAAGUUGCCAAUUACGCAUAUCCACAAAAUCAACGGCCAUUUUCUGCAAGUUCUUCCUCUUGUUCGUCUAUAGAAAGUUCUGAAGUCAACCAAUUUAAUUAUACAAUUUACUAUGGGCAGAAUCAAAAUGGCCGACCGGAUAGUUUCGGCAAUUUCGGGAAAUUACCAAGUCCAACAGUACAAGAGGGUUAUACGAGUGUGAUUGUGGAUAAUACACAGCAAUUCCAUCAUGGAAGUAAUGUUAAUGAGUUUGUUCAUUGAUACCUCGUGACUGAUUUGUCUGAGUAGUUCGAGCAAUAACUUUAAAUAUCAAUUUUAUGCCAGAACACACGUGUCAGAAGUGAAACUUCUUUGGCAAGAUUUUAAUUAUUUCUUUUCAAUAAGGUUCAAAGAUGUGACGGAAUUCCUAGUCGAUCUAGAAAUUUUACUCUAA